CAAUACCACAGCCUCCUUUAGGCCCUGUCCUAUUAUUCCAUAGCCCUGUUCCUUACUUCCUCAGUUCCAUACAUAGAAACAAAGCUGACUCUUCCUACGACGAGUACGUAACUUCGUGUGCUUAUUAAAUCCCGAACUACGAGUACUCUUUUUCUUGUUUUUGUUUACAAGAAAUCUGAAUAGUCAAUUCAGCAGCAUAUCACCAUAUUUACUGCUCUCGCCCGACAACCCCACCCUACGUCAAAAUACGGCGACCCAGUUGUGUUACUCGUGAAGUCAGGCCAAACAAAACAACAGAGAAGUGAAUAUGGCGGACGAACACGAAGGUGCUUCCGUCAAGGAGCAAUUAGUCGAAGCCUGCCGGCGCAACAACGUCGACCUCCUUAACGAGAUCAUUUCCAACUGCAAGAAUGACGACGAGAUAUCCGACCUGUUAAACAACACAACCACCAUCAUGGGGAACCAUUUAUACCACGAAGCGGCGCUUCAGGGGAACUACGAAAUAAUCGACACCCUCCUCGACCAACCAAACUUCGAAUGCGACCCCCUAAACCGCAUCGAAGGCGACACACCCCUCCACAGCGCCAUCCGCUGGAUUAACAGCGAACCGCCCGCCCAACGAGACUUCGGCUCAGCCCUCGUCCGCAUGAUGCUGGAAGCCGGCUCCGGCACGCGAGUACGCAACAAGGCAAAACUAACCCCGUACCAACUCGUCGACCCCUCGAACCAAGGUCUCCGCGACUUAAUCCGCGAACACGAGUACGCCGAGUUAAACGCCGGUGAUUUCGUAAACCAGGACGAGGCUCCCGCCGUUAAGAACAAUAAACCCGUGAAUAAGAAUACAUUUGUAGAUGUACAACAAGAUGACGACGAUGAUGAUGAUGCGGAAUUCUCUGGGAGUGAUGAGGAAGAGCGCGCCGAGUGGGAACGAAGACGUAAGACUAAGGGUCGGUGAACAUAACGGCGAUAUUGUGAAUAUGUGAAAAGGGGGAGGGUGUUACGGCGAAAGACAAGUAGAGCGUUGAUAUAGACUUGCUUUGAAAUAGAAGCUCAGCUCUACUUUUAAAGAAGCUAUCAGGGGCCAUGUAGGCGCCGUUUAACUAAUACAUAGAAGCAGAUAACACAUUACGUUAUUCCAUA